GAGCUGCCCUAGUGCCGGCUGUUUCCCCGCUGGAACCCCGGGAUGGAAUCCUUCUGCAGCAAUGACGGCAAAGACCGCUUCUGGGAUGCAAAUAUCACCUGGUACACAGAAAAUCCAGACUUCACCAAGUGCUUCCAAAAUACAGUCCUGGUAUGGAUCCCAUGCAUCUACCUCUGGUUCUGCUUACCAAUCUACGCAGUAUACCUCCAGCACAACGACAAAGGUUACAUAAGAAUGUCACAUCUCAGCAAGGCCAAAACUGCUAUAGGUUUCUUCUUAUGGCUCAUCUGCUGGGCAGAUCUCUUCUACUCUUUCUGGGAAAGGAGUCACAGUAUUUAUCGAGCUCCAGUUUUUGUUGUGAGCCCCACAGUGCUAGGCAUAACUAUGCUGCUAGCCACCUUUUUAAUCCAAUUCGAGCGAAUAAAGGGUGUACAGUCUUCAGGUGUGAUGUUGAACUUCUGGAUAAUAGCUCUGCUCUGUGCCAUAAUAAUCUUUAGGUCCAAAGUUCUACAUGCCUUAAAACCGGAUGACGACAAUACUGUAUUUCGAGAUGCCACAUUCUACACAUACUUUGCACUUAUCUUGGUACAGCUGAUACUGGCAUGCUUCCCGGACCGCCCGCCUCUCUUUUCUGAGCGAGUCAAUGAUCCUAACCCGUGUCCAGAAGAGAGUGCAUCCUUUCUUUCAAAAAUUACGUUUUGGUGGAUUAGUGGGAUGAUGAUUAAAGGAUACAAACGACCCUUAGAAACCAAGGAUUUAUGGUCAAUGAACAAAGAAGACAAAUCCGUCGAAGUUGUGCCAGUCCUGGCUAAGAACUGGGAAAAAGAAUAUAUAAAGGCAAAAAAAGAACCUUUGAAGAUGCUUUAUUCUCCAAAGAAGCAAAAAAUGGAGACGAACCCCGAUAACGAUCCACCGGAGGAAGCUGAAGCUCUGAUCCUGAAACCACAACCAAAACCAGUUGAGCCGUCUUUAUUCAAAGCGUUGUACAAAACCUUCGGACCCUACUUCUUCAUGAGUUCCUUCUUUAAAUUUGUUCAUGAUAUCUUGAUGUUUUCCGGUCCUGAAAUCCUAAAGUUGCUUAUACAGUUUGUGGGAAAUAAAGAUGCCCCAAAUUGGCAGGGAUACCUUUACACUGCUUUGCUGUUUUUCUGCGCCUGUUUGCAAACCCUCAUAUUGCACAAAUACUUUCAUAUCUGCUUUGUGACGGGAAUGAGAUUGAAAACAGCUGUGGUUGGACUUGUCUAUCGUAAGUCUCUGGUAAUUAGCAAUGCUGCUCGCCGCACGUCAACCAUUGGGGAAAUCGUUAAUCUUAUGUCUGUGGAUGCACAGAGGUUCAUGGAUUUGGCUACGUAUAUUAACAUGAUAUGGUCUGCUCCACUGCAGGUGAUACUGGCUCUAUACCUGUUGUGGCGGAACUUGGGUCCCUCUGUGCUAGCUGGCGUUGCUGUUAUGAUCCUUCUGGUCCCUGUAAAUGCAGUGAUAGCCGUGAAGACUAAAAAAUACCAGGUGGUCCAGAUGAAGUGCAAAGACAACCGGAUUAAGCUAAUGAAUGAAAUAUUAAAUGGUAUCAAAGUGCUGAAGCUUUAUGCCUGGGAACUGGCUUUUAAGGAGAAAGUGUUAGGCAUUAGACAAGAGGAGCUUCAAGUGCUGAAAAAGUCUGCCUACCUGUCUGCAGUGGGAACCUUCACAUGGGUGUGUGCACCUUUCCUGGUGGCUCUGUCAACGUUUGCCGUUUAUGUUCUUAUUGAUGAGACCAAUGUUCUCGAUGCAGAAAAGGCAUUUGUUUCCUUAGCCUUAUUUAAUAUUCUUAGGUUUCCAUUGAACAUGUUACCUAUGGUCAUCAGCAGUAUGGUGCAGGCAAGUGUUUCAUUAAAGCGCCUGAGAGUUUUCUUAUCUCAUGAGGAACUUGAACCUGAUAGCAUCAUCAGGGAGCCCACAAAAAAUGCUGAAUCCAUGAUUGACAUGAGGAACGCUACGUUUUGUUGGUCUAGGAAUGAUCCUCCCUCCCUCAAAGAAAUUAACAUUACUAUCCCAGAGGGCUCGCUGAUUGCAGUUGUUGGACAGGUGGGCUGUGGAAAGUCUUCCUUGUUGUCCGCACUGUUGGGAGAAAUGGAAAAGAAAGAAGGCUAUGUGGCUAUGAAGGGCUCUGUGGCUUACGUUCCCCAACAAGCAUGGAUACAAAAUGCAUCGCUUAAAGACAAUGUCCUAUUUGGAAGAGAAAUCAAGGAACCUCUAUACAAGGAAGUGUUAGAAUCCUGUGCGCUGCUGCCUGACUUGGAGAUACUGCCCUCUGGGGACAGAACAGAAAUUGGAGAAAAGGGAGUUAAUUUAUCUGGAGGUCAGAAGCAGAGAGUCAGCCUUGCUCGUGCAGUUUAUUGCAAUACUGAUGUCUAUUUGCUUGAUGACCCCUUGUCAGCUGUUGAUGCUCAUGUGGGAAAACACAUUUUCGAUCACGUCAUUGGGCCAAAAGGACUCCUGAAAGAUAAAACGCGAAUUCUUGUAACACAUGGUGUGAGUUAUCUGCCGCAAAUGGAUUCUAUCAUAGUAAUGAUUGAUGGAAAAAUCACAGAAGUCGGGUCCUAUCAGAAUCUUUUGCAACAGGAUGGAGCAUUUGCAGAGUUUCUUCGUACAUACGCCAAUGCUGAACAGAAUAAGGAUCAAGAAAUACCAAGUCCAUCAGAAGAGAAACAUCUGGAAAAUGGGAUUUUGAUGAAUGAGAAAAAUGAGAAAUUACUGCAGCGUCCCCUGAGCGUGGCCUCUGAAAGCAACAAAAAUAUUCAUUCAAACAGUACAGCCAACAUAGACAAGUCAGGAGGUCCAAAGGAUGACUGGAAACUAACAGAAGCAGACAAAGCUAAAACGGGCAGCGUUAAGGUAGCUGUGUUCUGGGAGUACUUGAAAGCCAUUGGACUUAUUUUGUCGUUCAUAAGCGUGAUACUAUUUUUGUGUAACCACGUUUCCUCUUUGGCUUCCAACUAUUGGCUCAGCCUGUGGACAGAUGACAGAGUCGUCAAUGGAACCCAACAGAACACAAAAAUGAGACUGUCCGUUUAUGGAGCUUUGGGAAUAUCACAAGGUUUUGCUGUCUUCGGAUAUUCCACUAGCGUGUCCUUAGGAGGGGUGCUUGCAUCCCGCUAUCUCCACUUGGACCUGUUGUAUAAUGUCCUUCGAUUUCCCAUGAGCUUUUUUGAACGUACCCCAAGUGGGAAUCUUGUGAAUCGGUUUUCAAAGGAGAUGGACACAAUUGAUUCUACGAUUCCUCAGAUAAUUAAGAUGUUCAUGGGAUCUUUAUUCAAUGUCAUCGGAGCAUGUAUUGUAAUUCUGAUUGCAACGCCCAUUGCUGCUGUAAUAAUCCCACCACUCGGUCUCAUUUACUUCUUUGUGCAGAGGUUUUACGUGGCUACAUCGCGGCAACUGAAACGAUUGGAAUCUGUCAGCCGAUCUCCAGUUUAUUCUCAUUUCAAUGAGACCCUUUUAGGAGCCAGUGUCAUUCGAGCCUUUGGGGAGCAGAAGCAAUUCAUUAAUAUCAACGACUACAGAGUGGAUGAAAAUCAGAGAGCUUACUAUCCCAGCAUUGUCUCAAACAGGUGGUUGGCUAUCAGGCUGGAGUUUGUCGGGAACUGCAUAGUCCUGUUUGCCUCUCUGUUUGCUGUGAUCUCCAGGUAUACACUGAGCCCUGGAUUGGUAGGCCUUUCAGUCUCCUAUGCAUUACAGGUCACUACAUACCUCAACUGGUUGGUUCGCAUGUCAUCUGAGCUAGAAACCAAUAUUGUUGCAGUAGAGCGAGUGAAAGAAUAUGCUGAUCUGGAGCAGGAGGCCCCCUGGACCAUCCAGCAAGCCGCGCCAGAAAGUAGCUGGCCACAUGAAGGAAAGAUUGAGUUUAGAAACUUUUGCUUGCGGUACCGUGAAGAUUUGGACCUCGCUCUAAAAAAUAUCAACGCAACUAUACAUGGAGGAGAGAAGAUUGGGAUUGUUGGCAGAACGGGAGCUGGUAAAUCAUCCCUCACCCUUGGACUGUUUCGAAUUAAUGAAUCUGCGGGGGGAGAAAUAGUCAUUGAUGGAUAUAACAUUGCUGAUAUCGGUCUCCAUGACCUUCGUUUUAAGAUCACAAUUAUCCCACAGGAUCCCGUGCUGUUUUCUGGUUCCCUGAGGAUGAACCUUGACCCUUUUGAAAAGUACACAGAUGAAGAGAUUUGGACUGCUUUAGAGUUGGCACACCUGAAAAACUUUAUCUCUGGUCUUCCAAACAAGCUCAGCCACGAAUGUUCAGAAGGAGGUGAAAAUCUAAGCAUUGGUCAACGACAACUAGUGUGUUUGGCACGAGCUCUUCUUCGCAAGACAAAAAUCCUGGUACUGGAUGAAGCCACUGCAGCAGUUGAUUUGGAGACCGAUGGUCUCAUACAGUCGACAAUUAGAAAAGAAUUUGAGGAUUGCACAGUUAUAACAAUUGCUCAUCGACUUAACACCAUAAUGGAUUACACAAGGGUGAUUGUCCUGGAUAAAGGUCAAAUUGUAGAAUUUGACUCUCCAAACAACCUUCUGCAAACAAAGGGGGUCUUCUAUAACAUGGCCAAAGACUCUGGCUUAGUUUGAUAUGUCUGGCACUGCAUUUUAUUUCAAGAAAGGCACUGUCCAACAAGAAGACUUGUUAACCAGACAUAUUUAUGGACUGUUAUCAAACAACACUUUCCACCGGAUCCAUGCAGAAAAGAUUGUAGACAUGCAACAUAUUUCUUUUUUUUAGGUUUGAGCUUUCUGAAUUUUUCUGAAGUGCAUGUGACGGGUGGAUGCCUAGAAAAAUACCCCCAAAAUGUUGCUGUCGCAUAAACUCGUGAUUUAUUCUGUUUUUGGUGAAUGACAAAAGUUGCUGUACGGUGGCAUUUGAAGGCUGUCCCGAUUCAAGGGUUCACGCUUGGAUUGAUCAGCCAUAACCAGAGCAAGCACUUGUCAACUAUUUAUUUAAUGUAUCUGUACCAUGUAAAGUCAUUUAAAGGCUGUAUGCCUGACCAUAUUAUUGCAAGCCCUUAAUUUUUAUUUAAUUAUAUUUAGCCUGCAUUUUCCAUUAUAAGAUGUACAUCUAUAUAUGUAUACAUCGCAAGUUCCUGUUCACGUCAAUGUUUAACUUGGCAUAAGCCAAGCCAGGCAAAUUUGGUGUGCUACGCAGGACUUGAGAUCCCAGAUUGAGUUUUUAAACUGAAAUUGCAAAACCCAGUUCUACUCAUUUUCAUUCUUCAGUGCCCCCUGACAUCGCUGUAAAUAAAGGGACAAAUGUUUCCAUUGCAUACAAAACACCGUAUGGAGUAACAGAUCUAAAACUACCCAUAAGGUUAUAUAUUAUUGCAUGUGCUAUUUCAGGGAAGCAAUUCCUUUUUUGCACCGUCUGUUCUUGUGGUUAAGAACAAGUGCUUCACAAAUGCCUGUGUGAAAGUUGCAGCACUAUUUCUUUGUUCCUUAUAACAGGGUAUUUCUUUUUGUUUUUUAGUUUAUGUAUGAAAUCUCUUUUGCCAAACUUCUUGGAAAUGCGUAGGUCAAGAGAUCACACAAAAAAAGCUUUAAAUAACUUUCAAUCUUUACAUUGUUUAGCACAUUGUAUAGCUUAGAACAGGAAUAUGAAUAUACAUUAAAACACCAGGGGGAUAGUUUAUGCAGCAUAAAAAGUCAGUACUUUUGAGAAUUUAACUUGCUAUCCAUUCAAGCGAUAAAGAAUCCCACACUUUUCAGCAUUGUAAUUGCUUUAUCUAUAUGUUUUCUUUUAUUUCUGUGCCUGAGACAAAAGUGUAUCAAUGUUAUACAUACAAGGGCUUACCUGCUGUGUUUGGUAGGUCUGGUACAUUUAAUGUUCCAUGGCAAGUAUUUUUGCAGACACUUGAUCAUGGGCUGGCUUCUCUCAUACCUCUGCUACUUCAUUUUUGGGAAAUGAGAGUAAUAAAAGACUAUUGAUCAGGAUAAGCAAAUCCAGUGGUAGCUGAACUAUGGUUCCCAUGAUACUGAGCCACCUACUUGGCCGCAUCAGCAACAUGUGAAUUUGUUUCUAACUGGUGCUGUAAUGCCAUAGAUUGUCCAAACCCCAUUUUAUUUGUACUAUAAACCUGGUAAUUAUUUAUUAACCAGUAUUACUCGCCAGAAAACAUAAUGUGUAUGUGUCUUAAGUUGAAGAUAAUUUUUUGGCGGGGAUAGAAAUGUAAGUUUUGCAGGUCUUAAUCUGAAAACUAGAAUGGUUUUCUGUUUUUGAAAGAAAAAAAAAAUAUCCAACCUGCUAGGCAAAUUGCAGCAGAUGUCAAUAUAUCUUUUUUUUUUUUUUUUUAACUUUAAACUAGCUGUUCUUUUUUGUUUUUCGUUUUUUUCCCGCUUGCACCUGUAAAGAUGCAAAUUGUUGACCCACAAUAUAGGUUUAUACAGAGCUUUAAAGUCUUACACUUGUCUCGACUCGAUCCGUCACACUAAAUGCUGAUUUUUCUCUAUGGUUUGGGGUGUUCCAUGAAUCAACUGCUUAGUGCCAAUCUGACUUGCAGAUGAAAUAAUAUAUUAUUGUGAUGAAAAUAUUUAUUAUAACCAGUGAAUGCAUGAAUU